CGUUCAAAACGGCCGCUAUAUAAACUAAUACAACGACCGUCAAAUUUGUAUAUGUCAUAAAACAGUACAGACAUCAUAAUGAGAUGCUUAUUAUAUAUAGGUUUAAUAAUAGCAGGCUGUAAUGCUCAGCAGAAGCAAGAAAGGCGUUUCCCGGAUGACUUCAUCUUUGGAACAGCAACAGCGUCUUACCAAAUUGAAGGAGGAUGGAACGCUGACGGUAAAGGUGAAAAUAUUUGGGAUCACAUGACUCACACUAAACCUCACGUCAUCAAAGACAGUAGUAAUGGAGACAUGGCUGCAGAUUCGUACAACAACUACGAACGCGAUGUCGAGAUGAUGAGAGAGUUGGGUCUGGAUGCCUACCGAUUCUCCUUGUCCUGGUCAAGAAUCCUACCAAAUGGCUUUUCCAACCAUGUUAACGAAGCUGGAGUCACUUUCUACGACAAUUACAUUAACGAAAUGAUUAAAUAUAACAUCACGCCAAUGGUUACGCUCUACCACUGGGAUUUACCGCAGAAAUUGCAAGAUUUAGGAGGAUUUCUUAAUCCACUCUUCCCUGAAUGGUUCGAGGAUUACGCUCGCGUGGUUUUCGAGAAGUUUGGCGAUAGAGUCAAACACUGGAUCACGUUUAACGAGCCAAGGGAAAUUUGCUACGAAGGUUAUGGGUGGAGUACUAAAGCUCCUAUCGUAAACGCUACCGAUAUCGGUACGUACUACUGUGCCAAAUAUCUUGUUCUAGCGCAUGCAAAUGCAUACAAAGCUUAUGUAAAUGACUUUAAGGCCACCCAAAAUGGCGAGUGUGGUAUCACUAUCAGUGUCAACUGGUUUGGACCAUUGACUGAUAGCGCGGACGAUGAAUAUGCAGCUGAAUUAAAAAGACAAGCUGAAUGGGAAAUAUACGCGAAUCCAAUAUUUUCCGAAGAAGGAGGCUUCCCCAAAGAGUUGUCAGAGAUCGUUGCAAAGAAAAGUCUCGAGCAGGGCUACAAGAAAUCACGUUUGCCAGAAUUCACCGACGAAGAAAAAAAAUACAUUCAAGGAACUUCUGACUUCUUUGGAGUGAAUCAUUACACUGGCGUUUACGUAUCAGCUGAAGAAUAUAAGUCCAAUCACAUUACUCCAUCCUUGCUUUCUGACAUAGAUGUUGGUACUUACACACCACCAGAUUGGCUCGCUUCCGCUUCUUCUUGGUUGAAACUGUCACCCAAUAGUAUAUACAACAGCCUUACACAUCUACACAACAAAUAUAAAAAUACCAAGUUCUAUAUUACUGAGAAUGGUUGGUCUUCACCACCGGAUAGUGAAUUAGUAGACGAUGAUAGAAUUUUAUACUACAGAACGGCUUUGAACAGUCUCUUAGAUGCAAUUGAAGCUGGUGUUGAUGUGAAAGGCUACAUGGCGUGGAGUUUGAUGGACAAUUUCGAAUGGAUGGAAGGAUACACAGAACGAUUUGGUUUAUACCAUGUGAACUUCGAUCACCCGGACAGGACGCGAACCCCAAGAAAAUCAGCAUUUGUUUACAAGGAGAUCCUGAAGACGCGUGUUAUCGACCCGAACUAUGAACCUGAUACUCUCACCAUGUGGAUCGAUGAAGGACAUUAAGACUGAAUAUAUUUAUGCCAACGAUCAACGAUGUAAAUAAAUUAUUAUAAGCACAAAAA